AGACUUUUGAAGUAUAAUCAACGUAUCUACUAAAAGCAAAAGGAGUUCAAAAUGAGUGCAAAAGGCAAAGCUUGGAUUGUGGCAGCAAGUAUUGGAUCUGUUGAGGCUCUAAAAGAUCAAGGCUUCGCUCGUUGGAAUUAUCCUAUGAGGUCUGUGAAGAAGCACGCCGAGACCAAUCUCAGAGCAUUGGCUCAGGCCAAGAAGCUUUCUUCUUCAUCUUCUGUUAUGGCUUUGAAUAAAGUGAGAGACGAGAAAAUGAAAGCAGCUGAGGAGUCUCUGAGGAAAGUCAUGUACUUGAGCUGUUGGGCUCCCAACUGAAAAGUGAAAAGUUGAAGCCAGAGUGAACCAAAUCAUUUCAACCAUCUUCACCAAGAUAGUUUUCUCGACUACUUGUUGAUAUUUCAGCAUCAAAGCAGAGGAAAAGAGUUUCAGGCUGUAGUUGCCUGCAGCCACUGGUGAACCUGAGGUCCUAGAAAUGAGAAAUGUAUUCUCCUGUACAGAAUAGGACACUCAACUGAAAUCAUGUAAAUAUGAAUGCCUUGAAUGCAUACUUACUUGAAAGCAAAUUAUUGAUCAAAAGAUGGCAUCGAUUCCUUUCUUUGAAUAA